UGGGCUGAUCUGAGUCACACGCUAAGAGAGAGAGAGACGGAGAGAGGGAAACUAAGAAAGAGAGUGCGCUGCAGUUUGUGUUCGCUGCGAGACAUUACUGAUGUGAGGGGACCUGCUGUGUGCUGUACGUGCUGCUGUUACAAUACGAAUGACGGGGGAAUUAAAUCCUGACAGCUUUGUUGGUGUGAUGGACUUUCAUCUGAAGAGCAGGAUGUGGUGACAUCUGAGAUGAUGGAGAACCAGAACGGAGUCUGUCACAUUAUGGAGGAGGGUGAGGUGGACGAUCAGAUCGGACAACCCGAAGCUCUGCCGCAGGCCCCCAACAACAGACCCAGCUGGUCAAAUGGUCAGUGUGUCCUGUCGGUGCAGAGCUGUUCAGCUUUAAACCCCAGCUUUGAUCUGUCGCUAUGCCGUGCCAGACUGGAGAGUGAUGGCUUUGAGAUUCCUAUCAGUGACAUGGAGGCGCCGCUGAAAACGGCUCUGGAUGUCCCUUCGGUCAAGAGAUACAUGGUUUUCAACUCAGCUCUCUUUCAUUUUAUAAUGGCACCGAUGCUGUAUGUGGUGUUGUGGUGUGCCGCGUUCUCCACCCUCCACCUCUAUAUCACGGUUACUGACUACUGGGUCCUCUGCCUCUGUGUCAGCCUGGUCUCCAUCUUCCUCACCACUGCCGUCAUCUUCGUCCUCCACCAAAGCAACAAGGAGAUCAAUAUGAACCUGGACGUUAGGUUAAUCCAGGUGAAUGAGAGGAUGGUGAGACACAAGUUGCUGGUGGGCAUCGCUGACUGGGUGCAGAACUGUACCGGAAACAUGAAGUUGUGCUUUGUGUACUGGGACAUGUCCCGCUGUCUAAAGGCGCUGACUGAAACUUUAGAGGGACGCAGCUCCGUGACCACUGACAUUCAGAAAAAGCUGAAGAGCAAAAUGUCCCACCUGGUCCUGGUGACCGAGGUUGAGGCCGACGACACAGAGGCCCCAGAGGAGGAGGAGCAGAGCUCAGAUGAACGGAGGCCUCUGCUGGGCAAUGGGGACGCAGGCGGCAGCAACUCAUCCAGCCAGAGGGACAGCACCAAAGUCACCACCAACUGCAGCCUCAUACCUGAGGCAUCACUACCUCCACAGGUUAAAGCCUACCAACUUCUAAUGACCUACAGUGCAGCUUAUGUGAAGCUGCUGGUGUCUGACAGGCUGUCGGGACCUUCGCACCACCGUCUACGGUCGAGACGAAGCCACUGCACCAACGCCCCGCUCUGCCUCUGCCAGUACAUUAAAAAGAAGAUCCUUCAGUAACAGAGGAAAUGUGUGGGAAACCAGGAACCUGAAACACAGAACUGUUGGACUACACAGUUGGUGGAAGAGUUUUGAAUGCACUUAAAAAGGCGAACUUAUAUUUUUGAUAUCACUAUUUGAUGAAGGACUCGUUUGGAGCCUCACACUCUUGAUUUCUUUGGUUUUAAGUCUGACCCUCCAGCCUGUGGGGUGCCAUUUUUACGCCAGCUCCGUGUUUGCACCACCUGGAUGUUUGCAAAUUUGCACGGUGCCAAACGCUGUCACACUGAGCACACGGGUCCAAUCGAGCUGCUGUAUGCUGUAAACAGUAUUUAUUCUCUUGCACACAACAAUCACAGCAGUGCUUACUGCAGAUUAAAUUAUUUGUACCAAAUGGGUAGUGAUUAUAUGGGUUAUUAUAUUCUACUUUACUGGAGUAUUUUCUACUACAUGUCCAAGGGAAAUAAAGUUGUUCAUUUAAUUAGUCAGCUA